AGCAGGAGCGGGCAGCUCGAACGCAUGGCUAAUAUAGGAAACGAUCCACCUCAAAUGUGGCCGACCGCGGCGCCUACAACUGUCAUUAAAGUCGCAAUCGCCGUUAGUGUCAAAAUUGACACUAUCGCCCCGGGCGCUGGCUGAAGGGACCUUAUCUUCGACAUUAAUCGCAAUGCAAGUGGUAAUUUAAACGCCUUCGAAUGUAGUGGUUUGAUAUAAUCGCAUAACUGGAGACACUUACACUGAUCUUAUAGACGGCUACUAAGAGAGGCCAACAACUACUUACACUGUAGACCAAACGACGUGUGUCAAGCCACAACUACGAAACAAAGGACUAAAUAAUGACCAAAAACUGCCACAACCAUGUCCCCUGGCGCAUUUUGUUCAUUCUCACAGGAUUUCUGUUGACUUAUAUGACUAUGCGUAGUUCCAUAAACAUAAACUGCCUCCAGUCAAGUAAAAAAGACAACGCUGGACGAGUACCGCCUUCAGUGCAAACAGGACAUUCUGCCAACCACUCUGCACGUGUUCAGAGCUCAAUAAGGGGCAACAGGCGACUCCACUGGACAUCUCUGAAAAGAAUGUAUACGUUUAAAUAUAAUUUAAAGGGGAGAAUCUUUACGGGUCAAUAUGGGUAUGUAGAUACCACGGCGUUGAUUUCGACCUCUAUUGUACACACGUUUCCUCAAGACUUAGUGAAGUCAAAAUUUGACAAGAAUUUUUUUCAAGCUGUCCGUCUCAUGUCCCCAGGUAUGACCAUCCUUCCGGACGGGAACAUCUUUUUGGCUCUCCGUGUCAACGUUUCACCGUCUCCAAAACUACACCAAAGUAGAAUUUUGAAAAACUACCUCUAUAUACAGACGUUAGACUCCAAAUACGAACCUGUAUCCGAGGGUCGUCUGGUAAAUAUCCCGUCACCCAUUGUAAUGGAUGCAGGGAUACAGUAUGGCGGUCCAGCGGACCCAAGGGCUUUUACUGUUCAGAAUAAAACAAUGGUGUUGUACAACAGAGUUGAGGGGGCCUCUGCUGUCUGCAGAGACAACAAAAUGAUCGUCAUCAGACAGUAUAUAUACAGCGUGAAGAAAGACAACUCGGUGCCAAUAACCAUCCGUGACAUGCCAACGCCGUGCUGGGAGAAAAACUGGUCUCUUCUAAGUUUUUCUAAUCGACUUUCUUUUAUCUAUUCACUUGAUCCAUUGCUGAUAACAGAAUGCAGCCACACGGGCCUUUGUCAAUUCAAACCUGGCAAUGGAGAGAGAAACUUCAGUAAUGCAGCUAACAGAAUACAUCAUGCUGGCCUGCCGGGUAUUCGUGGAGGAACACCAUUCGAAGAGUACCAGUGGCCGUACGCAAUAUCCGUGGGCCACACGACGUCGGUAUGCAACUCACCAUAUAAAGUAUAUGAUCUAUACUACGCCCAUUUGGUGGUAUAUAAUAUAGAAAAACAGAAAGUGGUGUACGUUAGCACACCGAUUAAGGUGCACCCUAACUUUAUGUCCAGGUCGCGGCCCCCCAGUCCUGUCAUAGCGCUGUCUUUUAUCUAUCCGGUGUCCCUAAUAGUACGAGAUUCGGACACGCUGCACGUGGGUGCACACAUUGACGACGUAGAGAGCUUCGUCUUUGAAAUUACAGGCGUGAGAGAGUUAAUGACAAGGAUUGCUGAAGGGGAUCUUAACAGUCCCAUAGCUCAGGGCGCGGUGAACAACUAUGUGGAUGACAUGCAACUUUGCAAUAUACAGCGGUAUUCAUAGCGUUGACCUGUCAAGUGCAAAUUAUUUAUUGUAUCAUCUUUGAUAUUGCAUUGAACUAUCAGUAGGCCUCUGUUAGAUUGAAACGAAAGCUAAGAAUUUGUAAGACCUAUUGACUUGUAGUAAACGUGCUCCACAAUACGCGCCUGUAUUAACGCCUAGUGACGAUGUGUGUUUUUUAGCUGGCGUCAAAACUCUAUUUUUGGGCCAGUAAAUACAGUAAUUCAUUUUUACUUUACAUUUUCAUUAACACACUGAAGCAAUCUAAUAACGGGUAAGAAAAGUAUUAAUUAUCUUGUUAACAAGCUCUUAUUUCCACUUCCUUUUGGAAGUGUCACACUCAAUAUUAUCUAAAGAUAUAUCAUAGUGAUUUGUUUUUAUACCUCAUUGAAUUAUAGGUGCUACGAAACUUAUGAUGUUUACUAGACGUUUAGUACUUUACGUUGGGCAAAAAUGAAAAGGAAGACUGUUGACAUAAAAUGCGCCGAAAAUGCGAAGUGCGCUAAGGAUGCCACUCUUCAAUCCCUUAGAACAUGCGCGUCCAAUUAAAGAUUAUAUCUGUCACCAACCUUCUUAUUAAUGCCGUUGAAAACUGUAGUUUUCAAUAUUCCCGGCAAUAAUAUCAAUAAUUAUGACAUACAUUUUACGACUGUGUAGUAACAAAUGUAAAACACUAAUGCCUGCAGAAUGCAGGCAAAGGAUGCUGAAAAGAAAAACGAUUUAAGAACCGAAUUUCAUACCUUUGUAAAGUAUAUUAAGAUAUAAAAUGGGUAUCCUAUCUGAAUAAUUACAUACUUGGUUCAGCAUAUCUGUAGUCUAGUAAAUAAGUCCGCCUUACAGUGGGAAUAUUUACCACCACCAACUGAUUUUUUUUAUUCAGCCACUGAUUUAUUCCACCUUGUUCAUUAAAAAACACAUUUAAAAUUGCUUCGUAUUUGAUUAAGUUAUAAUUUAACCCUUCUGGUUCAUAUCUGCUGUGAUCUACAAUGAUCAAAUUGUUCAAGGGUGCUGCAGUACCCUCACAAAUAUCAAUACUUUUUAGAUAAUCGAACAAAUC